AUGGCGCGUCCUCCGAUGCCUCCGGUAGCCGCCGUAACCCUGUGCGAGGUGCUCACCCUCGCGGCGGCGCUCGGCGGCGGCGUGCGGGCGCAGCAGCUGAGCACGGGGUACUACGACGGCUCGUGCCCGCAGGUCCACGACACGGUGCGGCUCAUCAUCCAGCAGGAGCUCGCCGCCGUCCCGGGCGUCCUCGCCGGCCUCCUACGCCUCCACUUCCACGACUGCUUCGUCAAUGGCUGUGAAGGGUCGCUGCUGCUCGACGGGACCGCGAAGCUCAGCGAGAAGGAAGCCAACCCGAACAAGGGCACGGAGCGGCUGUAUCCCGUGGUCGACAACAUCAAGGCCGCCCCGGAGGACGCUUGCCCCGGCGUCGUCUCCUGCGCUGACAUCCUCGCCCUCGCCGCCAAGGCCUCCGUCGAGCUGAUGCGCAAUCUUGGGGGAGCACAUACGUAUACGAUCGGCCGUGCCCACUACCAAUCCAUCCAGGAUAGGCUCUACAACUUGAAGGCAACGGGGCAGCCGGACCCGACGCUGGACCAGGCGCACCUCGCCGAGCUCCGGGAGCACUGCCCAUCGGCGACGAGCGACAGCACGUGCCUGAUUGAACUCGAUCCGGACACCCCGGACACGUUCGACAACCGCUACUACGUCAACCUCCUGGGCAAACGCGGCCUGCUCAGGUCCGACCAUGCGAUGUUCUCCGCGCUGGAGGAGGGCGCGGAAUCCACGGGGCCCAUCGUCGGGCAGUUCGCCAGCAGCCAGGCCGACUUUUUUCAAAGCUUCGCGACGGCCAUGGUCAGGAUGGGGAACAUUGCGCCGCUGACAAGGAGCAUGGGGGAGGUCAGGAGGAACUGCAGGGUGGUGAACUGA